AUGUUUUCCACAAUGAUUGAGCAUAAAUUAGGAUUGUCUUCAGCACCAAUCUCAAUGGCUGUAGGUGAUUUAAAUAAUGACCAACGAUUGGAUAUCGUCGUCGCCAAUUCUGAUAGCAACAGUAUAGGUAUAUUUUUUAGUUAUGGUAAUGGAACUUUCGAAAAUCCAACGACACUAUUCACUGGCUUCUCUUCUCAGCCACAGUCAGUCGCUAUUGGUGAUUUCAACAAUGACAAUCUAUUAGAUAUUGUCGUAGCUAAUCGUAAGAGUCACAGUAUUGGUAUAUUUUUUGGAUACGGUAAUAAAACUUUUACAUCGCAAAUGACAAUAUCCACUGGAUCUUCUAGUCCACAGUCAGUUGGUGUUGGUGAUUUUAAUAAUGAUAAUGGAUUAGAUAUUACUAUUGCGAGUCCUGAUACUCAAAAUAUAGGUGUAAUUUUUGGAUAUGGAGACGGUAGGUUUUCAAACCAUAUCACGUACUCUACUGGCUAUGAUUCCAAUCCAUUUUCGAUUGCUGUUGGUGAUUUUAACAAUGAUAAUCGAUUGGAUAUAGGUGUUACUAAUAAGAAUACUGGAAAUUUAGGUAUAUUUCUUGGGUAUGGCAAUGGAAGCUUUAUAAAACAAUCGGUAUACUCAACCGGAAUUCACUCUAGCCCGAUAUCGAUUGCCAUUGGUGAUUUCAAUGGUGAUAAUAACCUAGAUGUCGCCACUGCUAAUUCUAGAAGUAGCAAUAUUGGGAUAUUUCUGGGCAAUGGUGAUGGAAGUUUUGCAGCUCAGAUAACAUAUUCUAAUACAUCAUUUCAUCAACCAUAUUCGCUUACUGUGGGUGAUUUUAACAAAGAUACCAGAUUAGACAUUGCUUUCGUUGAUAGAUCGUUUAGUUUAGUGGGAAUACUUCUUGGAUAUGGUAACGGCAGUGUUGAACUUCAAAAUCCGUAUGAUCUUGGUUCUUUAUCUUUACCGAUGUCUGUUACUAUUGGCGAUUUCAAUGCAGACGCUAAACUCGAUAUUGUUGUGGCCUUGUAUGGUGAUGGUGAUAUUAUUGUACGUCUUGGAUAUGGCGAUGGAGAUUUUAAAACUUCACAAAUUCUUUCCGCUGGUUCUGGUCCACAACCGAGAUCAAUGGCCGUUGCUGAUUUUAAUAAUGAUAAACACUUAGAUAUUGUUUUAGCGUAUUGGCGCAGUAACAGUAUAGGCGUACUUCUUGGAUAUGGUAAUGGGAGUUUCACCAAUGCGACAACGUAUUCCACAGGUGCUGGUUCUCGACCACAAGCAGUCGCUAUUGGAGAUUUCAAUAACGACAAUAAGCUUGAUAUUAUCGUCGCUAAUAGUUUGCAUGGCAAUGUUGGUAUAUUUCUUGGCUAUGGUAAUGGGAGUUUUGAAGCGCAAAGAAAGAUUGAAGCUGGUGAUGAAUCUAGUCCAUUCUCGAUCGCUGUCGGUGAUUUCAACAAUGAUUCACAGCUCGAUGUGGUCGUUGCUAACUUUUUGUUUGAAAAUGUCGUUAUACUCCUAGGAGAUGGUAAUGGUGAUUUCCCAAUUUCGAGAGCGUAUUUCACUGAUACUGGUUUUAUGCCAUACUCAAUCGCUGUCGGUGAUUUCAAUAAUGAUAACAUACUUGAUAUUGUUGUCGUUGAUGUGACUGGUAACGCUGUCGGUGUAUUUCUGGGAAAUGGUAAUGGAAGGUUUUCAAAUCAAAAGAUAUCGUACAUUGGUGAUGAAUCAAGUUCACAAUCAGCUCUUGCUGUUGGUGAUUUUAACAAUGAUUCACGUCUUGAUGUCGUUGUCGCUAUUUCCUCUAGUAUCAAAGUUUAUGUUCUUUUUGGACAUGGAAAUGGAAGUUUUACAUCUUCCGUAAUAUAUUUCCUUGAUACUAAUGCUGACCCUCGAGCGAUCGUCGUUGAUGAUUUCAACAAUGAUAUGAGGCCGGAUAUUGCCGUAGCGAAUUAUCGAUCUCACAGUGUAAACAUACUUUUUGGAUAUAGCAAUGGAAGUUAUGCAAGUCCAACGACAUAUUCCACAGGCUUUAACACUUCGCCGUGCUCCUUAGCUAUUGGUGAUUUCGACAAUGAUUCUCGACUGGAUUUUGCCGUCGCUAACGAAGCUGCUAAUAGUAUGACAGUUUUUUUGAGAUCUUGUUAA